CCUCCAUUCCUAAAAGUUCAGCUGUUAUUUCGGGUUUGUCUGUUACAGAGUUGAAUGUAAUGACUGAAUGCUGAAGUAGUUUGAGUCUUAGAAACUUUACGAAAACAUAGUUUUCGUAGCUAGGGUUAGAGAACGAUAUUGUAGCGUUGUGUUUAUUUCCGCUUUUGGUGUUUAUGUGUUCCGGAGCUCGCGCUUUGUUUUGCUAGAUAAAUCUCUGGAUAAUAUCGCGUGCGCUGGGAGUUUAACACAUGAGCGUGUCACUUGUAGUGAUCCGUCUGGAGCUCGCGGACCAGUCGCUCGCGCCACAGGGCUUUCAGUACUGCGCCGAUGUGGAGAUGUCUGAAGAGGAGAUGCAGGACAAGGCCCUGGCCUCAGCCAGGAUGGUACUAGGGGGCAAGACGGAGGUAGAGAAGGCCUCCAUCCUCCAUCAACACAUCGGCAGCCGUGCCAUGUCAGACAUGGUGAUUGAGACUCUGGUGGCGAGUUCAGAUGUACCUGAGGAGAAAAGGGGCGCCCAGUCACCAGAUGAAAGUGGCAGCAGUAAAACUGAGGAGAACGAUUCCACUAAACUCUCUGAAUCGCCCUCUAAACAGCUUCCAGAUCAGAUCUCUUUCUACAGCGGCAACCCGUCCGUGGAGAUUAUCCAUGGUAUCAUGCACCUCUACAAGACAAAUAAGAUGACGUCAUUGAAGGAGGACGUGAGGCGCAGUGCCAUGCUUUGUGUGCUCAGUGUGCCGACAACCAUGACCAGCCAUGACCUCAUGAAAUUUGUGGCACCCUUUAAUGACGUCAUGGAGCACAUGAAGAUCAUCCGGGAUUCUACGCCCAACCAGUACAUGGUGCUGAUUAAAUUUGCCACCCAGCCUGAUGCUGACAGCUUCUAUACAACCUGCAACGGACGGCAGUUCAACUCCAUCGAGGAUGCCGUGUGUCAACUGGUCUAUGUGGAAAGGGCCGAGGUGAUCAAGUCUGAAGAGGGGGCCAGUUUACCAGUGAUGGACCUGACCGAGCUGCCCAAGUGCACGGUGUGUCUGGAGCGCAUGGACGAGUCGGUGAACGGUGUCCUCACCACCCUGUGCAACCACAGUUUCCACAGCCAAUGUCUGCAGCGCUGGGAGGAUGCCUCGUGCCCCGUGUGCAGGUACUGUCAGACCCCAGAGCCCAUGGAGGAGAAUAAGUGCUUUGAGUGCGGCGUACAAGAGAACUUGUGGAUCUGUCUGAUUUGCGGCCACAUCGGAUGCGGCCGGUACGUCAGCCGCCAUGCCUCCAAGCACUUUGAGGAAACGCAGCACACCUACGCCAUGCAGCUGACCAACCACAGAGUCUGGGAUUACGCUGGAGAUAACUACGUGCAUCGGCUGGUGGCCAGCAAGACAGACGGCAAAAUGGUGCAGUACGAGUGCGAGGGGGAUUCCUGUCAGGAUGAGAAGAUUGACUCACUACAGCUUGAGUAUUCCUAUUUGCUGACCAGCCAACUGGAGUCACAACGCAUCUACUGGGAAAAUAAAAUCCUUCAUCUAGAAAAAGAAACGACAGAAGAGAUCAACAACAUGAAGGCCAAAUUCAAGGAGACAAUUGAGAGGUGCGACAACUUGGAGCUUAGGCUGAACGAAUUAACCAAAGAGAAACAGACCAUGGAAAAAAAAUGUUCACAGUUGAACACCAAGGUGGCCAAGCUGGGCCAGGAGCUGCGUGAAGAGCAGGAGAUGAACCGAUGUCUGCGAGCCAACCAGCAGCAGCUCCAGACGAAGCUGCAGGAAGAGGAGAUUCGGGGGAAGGACGUCGUCACUCAUAAGGACACCCAGAUUGCCGAGCUCCAGGAGCAGCUGCGUGAUGUCAUGUUUUACCUGGAGACGCAGCAGCAGAUCAGCCGCAUGCCCGCCGAGACACGGCAGGAGAUUCAGGAGGGUCAGAUCAAUAUCGCUGCAGCUCCCGCAUCGUCCACGCCAGGACCCUCUGCACACGGCUCGGGCAAGACCGGUUCGAGAAAAGGACGGGCCAAGAGAGGAAAGUAGCCCGCCAUUGGAGUGGGUUGGGGUACAUGACAUGGGUGGGGCUUAUAAGAAGUACCACCUUCUGUUUUCCAGACUGGAAAAUAUUUAGUCAGUCCACUAACUAGUCCUGUACUUUAUACAAGACUACAAGAAACAGAUGCACUAUAUUAAAGAUAAUGUACAUAUUAUACUAUAGGGGUGAUUUUAGAAAAAAAUUUUUUUUUGGUGUCUAAGGUGAGGAUUUUCAACAAGUACAAGAAGAACUUAUGAUACCGCGAGUUGCAUGAUGAUUGAGGUAUUUCUCGUCCUUGUUUGAGUGUGCACUUCUAAAUAUUUGUUUGUUCCUAGAAAGGACUUGUUUGAUAUUUCUUUAAAUCAAAAAAACAAAAACACAGGAAAGUAUUAUUAAACAUACUCUGCUGCGAGAUGGCACUCUGGGAAAAUACUGCACACAGCAUUGUGACUGUUAAAGGUUCCGUGCAGCGUGACACUUCUUCAUGAGAACACCAAAAACACGUCAUUAUGUCGUACAUCUGCUUUACCAAGAAACCUGCGCUGUAACAUCAAUGCUUACACGCCCUGGGAAAGGACCUGCAUCCAUUAAAGAGAUCAUACUGGACUUAACUGCUUUAUUUUUCUUUUUUAAACCACGCCUUGUUUAGAGUGAUAGACGAAGACUUCGCCUAGAGAAAUUGAAACUAUUACUGGCUGCAAUUAGCAGCAUUAUGUCACUUUUCUCUUUAAUCGGUCCCAAAGGAUUUCAGUUUUAACCAAUAGUGAAUUUCACUAAUCCUGAGCCAGGGGGCAGUCAAGGGCUCUACACAAUACUUACUGGUGAUUAAACGUUCCAUUGCUUUUUCUCUGAUGUCCACUUAAAUAUUUAUUGUAUAUUUUUUCUCCUUAAGAUUGUCAUUAUCAGUGUGAAUCAGUGGUACUUGUAAGACCUCCUUAAAUUCCUCCAUCAGUGAGAAACUGGUCAUACAGGUACAUGGACACUCAAACUUUUUAAUGCAUGGAAUUUGAGAUCAGAACUGAUCUAAAUGUCAGACAAGCAGGUUUUGGUUAGCAAGCCUGUUUAGCAAGUAUUUUUCCCCCCACUGGUUUUCAACUCGUACUACACUUUAAGAAGCUUUUGUCUGUGUGCAUCAUUUGCAUGAAAGAACUGAGGUAUCCCCCCCCCAGGCCAAGUCCAAAAAAAAUCUAUCUAUAGUUAAUUCAACAGCUAACGUUCAGGCCGAACUCUGCACUUUAGCCCAGGUACAUCAUAGCUGAUGUUAGCAGUCCUGCUUCAUGUUCAUGUGUCCAAGAUGUUCAGGUUAAGUUGCAUAUUAAUUCACUUUACAAAUGCAGUUUAUUAAUGAUAUUUGGUCUUGUUUGUAUUUCAGCGCCAGAACCUGUCAAUUGCAGUUUGCAUAUUAAACAAUAAAGAAUAUUUAAGUCGG